CAAGGAUAGCAGCGGUCCAACACGAAAAAUGCCCUUAACUGCCAGUGCCAUGGACUUUUUUCAACUCUUUGUUCCUGACAACAUACUAAAGAACAUGGUGGUCCAAACCAACAUGUAUGCCAAGAAAUACCAGGAGAGGUUUGGCAGUGACGAUGCCUGGAUUGAUGUCACCUUGACAGAAAUGAAGGCCUUUUUAGGCUAUGUGAUAUCAACCAGCAUCCACCACUGUGAGUCUGUUCUCAGCAUCUGGAGUAGUGGCUUCUACAGCAACAAGAGCAUUGCACUUAUCAUGACACAGUCACGGUUUGAGAAGAUCUUGAAGUAUUUCCACAUUGUGGCCUUCCGCUCGAGCCAGACAACGCAUGGCCUCUACAAAAUCCAGCCUUUUCUGGACUCUCUGCAGAAUGGCUUUGACUCUGCUUUUAGACCUUCACAAACCCAGGUACUACAUGAGCCCCUGAUUGAUGAGGAUCCUAUUUUCAUUGCCACGUGCACAGAGAGGGAGCUUCGCAAGAGGAAAAAGAGGAAAUUCAGUCUCUGGGUUCGGCAGUGCUCAUCUACUGGUUUCAUCUGCCAGAUUUAUGUCCAUCUCAAGGAAGGAAGCGGUGCUGACGGGCUGGAUGCUUUGAAGAACAAACCGCAGCUCCACAGUAUGGUGGCCAAAAGCCUUUGUCAGAACGCGUCUGGAAAGAACUACAUCAUCUUCACUGGCCCUAGCAUCACGAGCCUGAACCUCUUUGAAGAGUUUGAGAAGCAAGAGAUUUACUGCUGCGGGUUGCUGAGUGCCAGGAAAAGUGACUGCACAGGCCUACCUCCAACCAUGCUGAACAACCCUGAAACUCCCCAGUCCAGAGGACAGUACAGAAUAAAAAUGAAGGGAAACAUGUCCUUGAUCUGCUGGUACAAUAAAGGGCACUUCCGUUUUCUGACUAACGCCUAUUCCCCGGUUCAACAAGGAGUUAUAAUUAAGAGAAAAAGUGGAGAAAUUCCAUGCCCAUUGGCAGUUGAAGCAUUUGCUGCUCACCUUAGCUAUAUCUGCAAAUACGACGACAAAUACAGCAAGUAUUUCAUUUCUCAUAAACCAAACAAGACCUGGCAACAAGUGUUCUGGUUUGCCAUCAGCAUUGCUAUAAACAAUGCCUACAUCCUCUACAAAAUGUCAGAGGCCUAUCACGUCACGAGGUACAGCCGUGCACAGUUCGGUGAAAGACUUGUGAAGGAGCUCCUGGGCUUGGAAGACACCUCCCCUUCCCAUUGACCCGUUGCUCACUGUGGCACACGCAGGGGAUGGAGGGUAAGCGGAGGAAAAUACCACAUCUGGAAUGGCAAAGCAAGGAACUUGUGACACCACCAGUGCUGUCCUUGUC